CGCAUCAUCUUCUCAUCUGUUUCUAUAAGCUAAAACCAAGGAAAAUCACGCCUAACGCCUUCUCUCUCUCAGACACAUACCCAUCAAUGGCGGUUUCUUUCACAACCCUGACAAAUGUGGGCUCACUAUCAACUCCACAAAAUACUAUGUUGCAGGUAAAAUCAGUAAGAUCCACCCAGUGCAAUGCGGUGAGGUUUCCCACUAGAAAUGUGUUACCUUCAAAUGUUUCCUCGUCUUCAUCGAGCUGCUUCUUCUCGGGUCCGCUUCGUUUUGCUUCUCUUUCAACCUCGUCUCCGAAGAAAUCCCGUGUUCUCAGCUCCGUUCGAGCUAGUACAGAGGUUGCAGAGUUACAGUCAAAGGUGACCAACAAAGUGUAUUUUGAUAUAGGGAUUGGGAAUCCGGUAGGGAGACUUGUUGGGAGAGUCGUCAUUGGGUUAUUUGGCGAUGACGUGCCACAAACGGUGGAGAACUUCCGUGCUUUAUGCACAGGAGAGAAGGGCUUCGGCUACAAAAAUUCUGCUUUCCACCGUGUCAUCAAAGAUUUCAUGAUUCAAGGAGGGGACUUUGACAAAGGAAAUGGCACUGGAGGUAAAAGCAUUUACGGCCGUACAUUUAAAGAUGAAAACUUCAAGUUGUCACAUAGCGGACCAGGAAUUGUUAGUAUGGCAAAUGCAGGGCCCAACACCAAUGGAAGCCAAUUUUUCAUCUGCACUGUCAAGACUCCAUGGCUAGAUCAGAGGCAUGUUGUUUUUGGUCAAGUUUUGGAAGGCAUGGACAUUGUUAAAUUGAUCGAGUCACAAGAGACAGACAGAGGAGACCGUCCCACAAAGAGAGUGGUGAUCCUUGAAAGUGGUGAGCUUCCCAUGAAUGAAGCUUGAUGCUAUCAAUUCUAUCCAUCCCUUCUCCUCAACAUCGACCAUGAGAGUAGUCUACCCCGUUUGGAGGGCUUUCGUUAAACGAGUAUGGAAUUAACCUCUGAUAAAGUUUCUUUCUUCACUUGUAUUCAUUAGAAAGCUUAAGCAAUAAGGGUUGUUUCUCGGAUAGAAAAAAAUUAAAUAAUCACAUGGUUGUUGGAGCAUAUCAUUUUCAGUA